AUUAGCUGUGAGUCAGAGUGAUGACUGGUAGGUGAUAGAAGGAAAGACGUUCCGGUUCAGAUCAGCUAUAUCAGUCAAGUCAAGAAUCGAGAUCGCUCACUCUUUCUGGUUUCACAGAUAGCAAUGGCCUCGCAAAGUGGAUUCGAUGUGGAUUCGAUCUUUGAUCAAGCUAGGGAAUUGGGAACGUUAGAGGGACGGUUUGAUCCUCCUUCUGCUCCGCAGCAGCCCAAGACUGUUGUUCAUAACAUCAUUUUCUGGUCCGAUGGUUUCAGUGUAAAUGAUGGCCCGUUGAGGCAGUUGGACGAUCCUGAAAAUGCACCGUUCUUAGAGUUUAUCCGAAAAUCUGACUGUCCAAGGGAGUUACAGCCAGAAGAUAGAAGUACUGAAGUUCAUAUCAAUCUUAUAAGGCGGGACGGGAAAUGCCCGCAGGGCCUAGUUGUGGAUAAAAGUUUGCCAUGGACAUCAAUUCAGCUUAAGUUAGCUGAUGGCACUUGCAUGACUGCAGAAUUUAACUACCGUCACACAAUCAGUGACAUACGCACCUUUGUCGACACAUCUAGGCCCGGGAGUCCGAGUAAUUAUCAGUUGCUGGUGAUGGGGCGCCCUCCCAAAAUCCUCAAUGAUCCGACUCAAACAAUAGAAGAGGCAGAUCUUGCCCGUUCGGUUGUGAUCCAGAAAUUCUAGUCAGCUGCUCCUUUAUAUUUUAUUCUGGUUGAACUUUUUAUGUGCAAGGUAUUUAAGAGCGUGAACUUUUACUCUUGGAGUUUCAGUGUACAUGUACAAUGUUCGUCAAGAAGGUUGAUUCUGUUCAAUAAAAUUUGAACAAAGUUUUUUUUUAUUUAA